AUGCAGGCGUUAAUGUUGGAAGCCCAUGGAUGUCUCGCUGAACCCAUCAACGAAGCCUACGGCCGCGCCUUGAAUCAAGGCUGGCUAGAUGAAGCCGAGACGAGGGGUAAACUCUGGGGCAUACCAGUAUCCCUGAAGGAGAGCCUCCCGAUUAGAGAGCAUGAUAUUACCCUUGGACUCGUCAGUAGAAUAGGCAGUGUAGCAACCGCAGACUGCCUGCUUGUCGAAAUGCUCCGGAAAGCUGGAGCUGUGCCUUUUAUGACCAGCAGUAUGGCUCCAGCUGGAAUGUCUAUCGACUCUUCAAAUCUAAUCUACGGCAAGCAAGUAAAUCCGCUCAAUACAACUCGCAUUUCUGGUGGCAGUUCCGGUGGAGAGGCAAUCCUCGUCGCAAAGCGCGGCUCCAUGCUGGGCUUUGGAACUGAUAGUGCGGGCAGUCUUCGAAUUCCAGCGGCCUUCUGUGGAGUUUCCGCCCUAAAACCAACGUUUGAACGCCUAUCCACAGUCGGUAUAGUUUCGGCCUUCCAGGCCUCCUCGUUAAAUCCAAAAACCUGCGUUGGUCCCAUUGCCAGAGAAGUGGGGCUGUUGGUGCGUACCAUGGAGGCCCUCUGCGCACCCUCAAUGUUUGCCAUGGACCCAACAGUUAUGCCAAUCCCCUUCAAUAAGGAAGCCUUCGAAGGCACCCUUAAACAAAGACUGAGAGUGGGCUACUUCACAGCGUUCUCUGGUAAGUCCGUACCUGAACCCGUGCCGGCGGUUGUUAGAGCUGUCGAUCUGGCAGUCCGAACUCUGCAAGCAAACGGACACCAUGUAGAGGCCUUUACACCUCCAGAUCCCACCACAAUUCUCGAGCUUGGCUUUCGCGUAAUGAAUGUCGAUGGAGGCGCGGAGGUGUCUCGUAUAUUUCAAGAUGAACCCUUAACAAAAUCUAUGCGAUUAUUCGUUUACUAUUGCCAACUGCCAAGAAUAAUCAAGCGAGCCUUUACCUAUAUCGCUCAGUACCUCUAUGGGCCAGCCCUCGGUGCAAUUGGUAGGGGUUUGUGUGGUUGUGCUAGUGUGACGAGCGCCGCGAAGACGAUUUAUGAACUGAAACAAUUUAGGGAGAAGUUUCUGCAGAGCUGGAACUCCGAAGAGGGUCCUUUUGAUGUGAUUAUUUGCCCGGUGACGUCUUUCCCAGCCCUUCCAAUGGACGCCGCAUCCAUAUACACAAAUGGCUGUGUGGCCUACACUUUGCUCUUCAGUCUUGUCAACCUGCCCGUCGGGGUGAUUCGGACUCACUCGGUCAGCGUUGACGACCUAGGAACUGCCCUACGGAACAUUGAACGUUUUGAAGCCGAGGGCGACAAGAUGAAUGCCUCUGUGGCUCGCCUACAAAAAGACACUGCUCGGGAAACUUGUGGAUUCACGCACUGUCAUUCAUCGAAGAACAUGUCUUAUGCGAAAGAGAUUUUCAAAUUUUAG